AACAUUUCGAAAUGAAGAAAUAUUCGCUUAUUCUCUUCUUCUUCAUACACCUGUGCGUCCUGGUGUGUUUUAGCACCACGCAGCGUAAUGGACCCUGGAGACACAAGAUUAAGUGGGAAACUAACGGACAGGUUUACAGUUUACUGGGCACCGGUUCUCAAUAUCACACACCUGUUUCUGGAAAACAUACAAGAGUUUUAUUGACCAGGCAUAUGAUGCCAACAGGCAGGAUUUUCAUGGGACGUUUUGCCAAUAGGAUGCACACAGUUGGGCAUGUGGUCCAUUCAAACUCAGUGCCAGAGCACAGUCCUGGUAUGGAUGCAAGACACUACAUGGUGUCUGGUCGUAUAUCUAUGAGGAAUAAUCAGUUGUCUUUGCAUGCAAAAAGAACUGCACUUUCUUCAGGUGAAGCACUGCAGACCCAGUUCAUGCUCUACGGGAUAGCAGCCCCAACUGAACAACCUACACUGGCACCUGUGAAAGCUUCAAGGGCACCAGGACACCAUAACACACUUACCAAAUCGCCAAAACGAACAUCACCCACUAUCAAUAUUGAGGAGAAUCCGCUUCCACUUUCCACUUCGACUGGGAGUAAAACUGCAAAUAAUUCUAAACUUUCAUCAAGAACCAAUUCAGCUUCACCCUCAGCAUAUGUUAAUAACAGAAAUACGGGAAAUCCUCCCUUCCAGGUUGAGGAAAGAGGAGGAGAAACUAUGAUUGGCGAUGAACCAACGAAUCAUCACGUAAACAGCAGAUACUCUUUCUACUUUAAUCUGCUCCCGUAUGGAAGCGCCAAUAGAUUUCCUCACAGAGAAACGGGUCAGGGUACAAGGUAUUUCCAUAAUGGACUGCCUGAUCUCAUUCCUGAUCCAUACUAUAUCCAAGCUGCAUCUUAUAUCCAGAGAGUGCAGAUGUACACAUUAAGAUGUGCCGCAGAAGAAGACUGUCUCUCCAGUUCAGCGUACGGUGCGAGAGUGAGGGACCUUGAUUACAGAGUGCUUCUCCGAUUUCCUCAGAGGGUCAAAAAUCAAGGCACAGCAGAUUUUCUCCCUGUGAAACCACAUCAUCAGUGGGAAUGGCACAGCUGCCAUCAACAUUAUCACAGCAUGGAUGCCUUCAGCAAUUACGACCUCUUGACCGCCUCCACGGGCAGAAAAGUGGCUGAGGGUCAUAAAGCCAGUUUCUGUCUGGAGGACACCAGCUGUGAUCCAGGUGUGAGGAGAAGAUACGCCUGCACUGCUCACACACAGGGAUUGAGCCCAGGCUGUUAUGACACCUACCAUGCCAACAUCGACUGUCAGUGGAUUGAUGUUACCGAUGUUUCUCCUGGAGAUUAUAUUCUAAAGGUGACCGUGAACCCAGGUUUCCAGGUGCAAGAGUCUGACUUCUCCAAUAACGUUGUUAGAUGUGACAUCAGAUACACGGGGUCGUACGUCCAAGCACACAACUGUAGAAUCACAGGGUGA